AGUUAUGAUUAAUUCAGAUAUGAAAGCUUAAAAAUCAAAUUCAGUUUAAUUCUUUUUACCUGUAAUGUGAUGAAUUGAUGCUCUAUAAACCUUAAUCCUGAACUAGGAUUAAUCGGCUUUCGAACAAGUGGGCCCUGGACUCUACCGUGAGCCGUAACGUCAUCGACAGAGUCUCACCCGCUCUUUCCCAGACUUAGCGUGCACAACGGGUGGAAUAGGACGUCUAGGGACUGGGCUGGGGUCCCAGGGCUUUUCUCUUGGAUUCUGGGAGGGUCCCAUCCCAGAUUUACAUAAGAAAGGCCCUGAAGAUGGCUCACACGACACCCGGGACAUUAGGGCAGUUCUGACCUCGUGGGUGUAACUUCAAGUUUUCUUUCUUCAGGUUGAAUGUGUCUUCAUGACCGAUGGAUUUAUAACAGACGGAAUUCAACGUAACCUUAUUUUAAAGGAAAAGAAUAAAUACAAGGAUAUUAAGCUUCAGCCUCUUAAAGGAGGCCGUGGGCAGUUUGGAUUCCGCUUCCUUAACCAAAUCAAAUGGGCAGCGGCGAAAUUUAACUUUCAGUACCUACUUAGAAUCGAUGAUGACUACUUCUUGUGCCCAAAAAGGCUUCUUUUUGAGCUUCCAUUGAGGCCGAAACAAAAUCUAGUCUGGGGAUUUUUCCACUGUCAAGCAGGAAUCACAUGGCUGGAUGAAGCAUUUAUGAUAUUCUCUGAAGAUAUUAUUCAGAAGUUCUUGGGACAGAACGAAAGCUCGAUGUUGUGUCAUCCACAUGCGGACCAACAAGUCAUGUUGUGGCUGAGCAGUAUUCUAAACAAAACAUACUUCCACGAUACCAGGUUACAUCAUCAGCCUCCAGCGUCACAUGUUCCUCGAUUUAGUAACAUCUCGAAUGUUUGUGACUCCCAUUUAGGCGCGCAUGGGGCAUAUGGCAAGACCAUGUAUUAUCUGGGGCUAAGAGCCAAUGACAACGCUAAAGACGUUUCAGCUAUUCCUGAUUUUGCAAGAUUUUGUAAAACCACAAAAUUUGAUUACCGCGUAUUUAAUCCUAUGUGGAAAUAUGAACCCCAGCCCUGCAAAGAUAACCCAACGUGGAACUUGGGAGAUGAAAUGUGGUUUGGUAAGGAAGUUGGUCAAGGAUUGUAA